UAGAAUUCUGGGUGAGGGGUGGUGGUGGUUUGACUAGAAAAAAAAUAAAACAUAAAUUUCAGAGUUUUAAUCGUGACUAAGACGGUAUUAACUCCCAAAAUUAAAAGUCGAAUAAAAUAGCGAGGAUUAGGCUUCCUUACUGUCCAAACCGAUUCAUUUGUAUAUGAGACCUAUUUUGGUUUCAUCCUCAACGCCGCCACCCCACUGCGUUUCCACGAUCAUGACUCCGGUGACGCCGGUGGUCCUUCCUGACGAUCUCAUCGCAGAGUUACUUUCCUUCCUUCCCGUCAAAUCUCUUGUUCGACUCAAAUGUGUUAGCAAGUCUUGGAAAUCCCUAAUCUCUGAUCCCAGCUUUGUGAAAUUACACCUCAAUCGAUCUUCAACAAGAAAUCCACUCUUCACAAUAGGCACGCUGCACAUCGCAGCUAUCCCCAUCGCAGCUAUCCCCAUCGAUGAUGUUGACGACCGUGGAUUGGAGGUGGGUUACAGUGUCGUUCCUUACUCGUUAAACUGUUUAAUUCAAAACCCGUUGUUCACCCUUUCGGUCGAUCCUUACCAUCAUUUGGGUGAUAAAGAAUGUUCUUUAAUGAUUGGUAGCUGCAAUGGAUUGAUUCUUUUGGCUGGCGGUGAUUCUCAAUUGGGAUAUUUUCGUCUAUGGAACCCAGCCACAAUGACAAUAUCUCCAAAUUUUGGGUAUUUUGUCCGUUUCCAUGGCAGUGCAACCCACCCUUUCCCGUUUCUUGGCUAUUACAAUUUCACCUUUGGAUGUGAUAAUUCUACUGGCACUUAUAAGAUAGUGGCAUCCAAUUACAAUCCAGAUCGACAACACAGAAUGAAUGUGAGAAUUCUCAGUUUUGGAGAUAAUGUUUGGAGAGAGAUUCAAAGUUUCCCCGUUGUUCCUAUUCAUUCGUACUUUGGUGAAAAUGAUGUGCAUAAUGCUGUGUAUUUGAGUAGCACUCUUAAUUGGUUGGCUAUUCACAAUGACUUUGACUAUGAUAUUAAGAAUCUUAGAGUUGAGCAGUUUGUUAUUGUUUCACUCGAUUUAGGAACUGAGACAUACAAUCAAUACCGUCUGCCUCGUGAUUUUGAUGAAAUGCCAUCUGCCCUGCCAAUUGUUGCUGUGUUGGGGGGCUUCCUUUGUUGUUCCUAUUUUUACAAGGAAACCGAUUUUCUUAUAUGGCAGAUGAAGGAAUUAGGGAAUGACAACUCUUGGACUCAAUUUCUUAAAAUAAGUUAUCAAAAUCUUCAAAUAAACCAUGACUACUUUGGUGACGAAGAGUUUAAUCAUGAAAAGAUAAAGUAUCAUUUUCAAUUGGUGCCGCUGCUUCUUUCUGAGGAUGCUGAUACACUGGUAUUUAAGAACAGCCAAGAAUCCCAUCCAAUUCUCUAUAAUUGGAGAGAAAAUAGAGUAGAGCAAACAAAGGUUACUACAAGUAGUACUAUUAUCAAUGAUAAUGGAAGUAGCAAUUCUACAUUUUGGUGCUCGACCAAGGUUUACUUUGAAAGCUUAGUUUCAAUUUUUUGAAAAAUGAUACAAGCUUUGGCGGCACAGCUACUUCAACAGAUGCUACUACAAGUUAUGAUGAAUCAUGAAUGGAAGAACAAAAGGAGAACCUUUUCAUGUUUAGGAAAAAGAAAGAAAAAUCAACAGUGAGCAUUUGGUUUCUAUAAAGUAUCUAUUUAACAUUACUCUUCUGCAAGAACUUCUUUUUUCUUUCUUUGUUUGUGGUCUCAAUACAUUUUAUUUUGUCUCUGAAUGGACUGAUAAAUCAUGGUUAGGAAUGCAAAAACUUAUUUUAUGGUACAAGAUUGCUUUAAUGGUUGAUUUGGUGGACCUGUGUUUUAACCUUGAUAUCAAAUAUUUUGUUUGAUAUAGUAUUCCUAGAGUUCGGAUGGGUGUGCUCCAUUUAGGCUAAACUCCAUUUACUCUAUUUAGAGCUUGGAUGCAAGACAUGUAG